CUGACAAUUCCUGUUGUAAAAGCUCUUCUAUAACUCGACAUUCACGAUGAGCCCAUUCCCCUUUGAUGAGAUUCAUACUUCCUAUCUUGAUUGGGAAUUUGAUUUCGGACAAGACGGUGAAAAAAUCCUAUCUGAGAUGAUCCGUACGAACAAAGAGCAACCUGUCAGUGAACCAAAAAAUGUUGCCCCUAUUGGUCAUACCAAGAAGCGAGUAAUUGAGACUGAUACAUUGCGUCGGCCGGGCAAGAAGCGCCCCAGUGGAAUGCCUAAAAGACCUCUUUCAGCUUACAACGUCUUCUUUCAACGCGAGCGUCCACGUAUCUAUGAUGAGUCGAACGGUCGAAUUGGAUUUCAGGAGUUGGGUAAAGUCAUUGGCCACCGCUGGCGAUCUCUUGACGCGAAGGAGCGCAGAGCCUACGAACUUGUAGCGGGAAAGGAUACAAUUCGUUACCGGAAGGAAAUGGACGUCUUUGAAGAAAAACGUCGGAAGAGAAUCAAAAGCACUCCAGUGAAUGCUCUUCAGAAUGAUUCGUCUCUAACGUCUACGACCAAAUCUCGUUCCAAAGUGGUAGAGAUUGAAAGGCUGUCUUCCCAAUGUACAUCAAUGGAAGCAGCACCUCAUUAUCCCGGCAUAUCUACACCCCCCAUACAUGCAUUUGUUCCUGUUGCCAGUCCGUCCCCUCCGCCGCCGUCGGAAGAAGGGCAACAGGAAGAAAAUUCAAAAAUUCACCACGGGGUUGUAUGGGAGAAUUAUGGAAAGGAGCUUGAAACUAUGGCUGUCCCUUCCAGCACACAAGUUGUUUUGCUUGACAGCAACGGUCAAGACAAGAAUUAUGUGGUUUCAUACACAUGCUACCGCAUGAGUAAGAAAGAUGCCGACGCCUACUUGGCGACUUUUCCGUCUCACAAAGUUCACAAGAGAAUCGCAGAAUCUCACUUUGGCUAUUGUGCCAAGGCAUAGCAUUUUAGUGUGUUGUCACGCAUUGCCGGGGCCAAUGUUUUACUCUCCCUUGCCGUUGCUGUGAUUCACAGUUUCUUCCGUAUAGCAUUUAUUUUUUCAGUCAACAGUAAAACUGAGUGCAUUCGGUUUUGAAUUCGUAGGUAACAACAGUAAGAUGAAAUUACAUAGACU